AGUUGAGAACAAAGAGUGGCAUUGACACGAAGUGUUGCUGUGUGUGCCAUUAAAAGAAAAUAAGGCAUCCCGGUUGUGCGCUGAUAUUUAAAAAUCGUUGAAAUAAUCUCGUUGUGCUGUAUUCCAAUUCGCACUCCUCUGCCAUAAGAUGAUGCGCGCGCAUAUUUUCGUUGUAAUUUAUGGCUUGUUUAUAGCAAAAUACGCAUUUGCCGCCCCCGCUACCAAUACGAACGUGGAGGAUAUAAAUGCGCUUUAUGUGGAACAACUUCUGAGCAAUCUUAAUACCAGCGUUGAUCCUUGUGAGGAUUUUUAUGCAUACGCCUGUGGUAACUGGGCGCAAAACUAUGACGCUGCCGCGUAUGUUGAUGUGCCCGGUUAUAUGGACCAUAAAGUGAAUAAACAACUGUUGAGCGCAUUGUUGGCGGCCAAGGCGAAACUAACUGAAAAUGGUGUGAUACAACAAGCCUGGCGCUACUAUGAAUCGUGUGUGAAUCUUGAGGCGCCCGCACUAAAUUCAUUCCUGCGCUAUGUGCAACAGGCAUUGCAUUUGGAGUGGCCCAUAUUUCGCGCUGAUUGGCAGCAGCCUUGGCGGAAUGCCACACAAUUUGAUUGGUUGAGGGUAAUUGGCGGCUUGCGCGCUUAUGCACUGAAUGGCGUAUUUAUUACACAACAUGUGAAUGUGCGUCUCACCAAUGGUUCACAUUAUCUGUUGGAGUUACAUGCGCAACAACCAGUAACUGCGGCGACAUGGUCACUUGCCUUGCGCUACAAGGAUAUUGAAGAUAUAUUUAUUAAUUUUGGUUUGACACUGGAGGAGGCGCAUAAUGUGAGCACCGCUGUUAUUGCGUUGGAGCAGGCUAUGGAUAACGCAUCCGGUGCUUUUGCACUACUAAACGCGAACACUUUAAAUGCAAGCGAUACAAAUGUGACGCGCGCAAACUUGACGAGCUUCGAGAUGAAUAUCGCGGAUUUAACGGAGUUAGUGCCGCAAAUUGAUUGGCGGAAGUACUUGGAAAAUGCACUCGGCCAGGUAGUGAACUUAGAGAGAACUUUGGUGCAAACAUACUCCUACGAUUUGAUCUACUUCCGCCAAUUGCCAGCUCUGCUUGCCGCGCACUCAAACGAAACUAUUGCUUACUACAUAAUGCUGAAAUUUAUGUAUCAAUUAAGUGCCGAUUUGCCUGCCGUUGUGCCCGGAGCGGAUAAGUCAAACCAUUGCGUGCGCCUGUUACGCGGUUAUAUGCCACUAGCAGCUAAUUACUUGUACGAAGAAUAUUACUAUAAACAGCGACGCGUGGCUAGUGACGCAGCGCUGCAGCGCAUGUUCAACAAAUUACGUGCCAACUUCGCGCAAAUAGUCGCCACCAAUACUAUGCAGCUGAACUCCACCGCACGCGCUUACAUACUCGACGAGCUGGCCGGCAUGCAGCUACGCGUAGGCAAUGUGCCGCAUGCGGCGCAGAAUUUGACACGUCUUGUUGAAGAAUACUAUGCGGAUGUACGCAUGAACGGCAGCGACUUUUAUGUCAACCAUAUACAGCUGAUACGCAGCAAUGUGCGUCGUUCGCAGGCGAAGCUGUUAAAUUUACCACGCACUUCAAAUGCGUCGCAGCAGUUGAUUUACGAGCAUGAUUUCGAAACUGCGAGUUCCUCAUCGCCGGUGAAAAUCUUCGAUAAUGUAGUGCUUGUGCCAUACGGCUACCUGCAGCUGCCGCUGUACGAACACCGCCUGGACGCGCUGUUGCAGUAUUCGCUUUUCGGUUUCAUACUCGCGCAUGAGAUAAUGCACGCUUACGAUCUGUUUCACAUCAUUUACGAUCAACACGGCAACUUCAAUGCGUUGGGCUUGGACGUUGCUGAGCAUUAUUGGGAUUUCAUCAACUGCACGCGCCAGAGGCAGCUGAAUGAUGUGCUUUCCGAGAAUAUGGCCGAUGUAGCUGGUUUGCGCCUGGCAUACCAAACGUAUUUCGGCGUGACCGAGAGUAGCGCUGUUGCAAAAGAAUCAAACAACAUUACUAAAGAUGAUGUCGCAGCUGAACCACGGCCGUCAUCAGCUGGGCAUGUUGGAAAUGUGGCUUCAACAACCAGUCAGCUGCCUGCCAUGGAUAAUAAUGAAAUCCCUGAUAAUUUCACAAACACCUCACCAUCGGCAGCCUCAUCCCCAUUACUGCCGCAUGGCAAUUUCACUCGUCCUCAACUGUUCUUCAUCAACUCUGUGCAAUUUUUGUGCGCCAACAUGCCCCGCAUUCAGGCACUGGACGUACAAGCGGUGCACCUCGGCCAUGACAUGCAUGAUGUGCGCGUGCGACGUAAUUGGGCGAAUUUAGAGCAUUUUGCGGUCGCAUUUUAGUGUGCACGCGACACACCGAUGAAUCCGAGCCAGAAAUGUCGGUGGUGGUGAGCAGGUGAGGGGCCUGUGCGCUUGUUUGUUGUCCAUAAUGUGGUGAUGGCGCCGUUCAUAAGCGGAUUACAAUUUUCUAAUUCUAAUAUGUAUGUAUGUGUAUGUACUUUAAUGUUUGUUUGCAUCUCUUUGCGAAAAAAUAACGAAUUAUGUUAAUGGUAAAAGUGUAGCUUAUUUGCGUUAAAGUUCUCGCAUCUGGCGCGCUCGAAGUAGAAACAUUUUUCGCUUACAAAUAAACACAUAAAUAGUUUAUGAAUUAUAAUUUCCACCCUUGACCGCCUUUAUGUAUGCAGCGAAUUUUUGCGUCGUGUCUGAAAGCUGUUUAAGCAUUCGUAAAGUUAGUUUGCGGUACUUGCCUUUUGUGUUGGUUAAAUGUAUUCCCAGUUGUGAAUUGUAAUUUUGAAAUUAUUUCUGGAAUAUAAAGGAAAAGUUUUGCAAUUAAAAAUAUUUACAUAU